AUGGAAGGCAAGGACGUUGACUGGUUCGCGGCUAUCAAGCUACCGUCAGAUGUCGACACAGCGGAAGGCCAGAUAUUCGUCUACUUUGAUCCACUGGUAGGCGGAUGGACGCGAAGCAAAUUACUCAUCAGCAGCAACAAAUCGGCAAUUGGAGCCACACUCAGCCAGCUUUAUAGUAUUGACAAGAAGAAAACAUUUGCCAUUGCAUACAAUGACGAUAGUCCCGAUGGACCGGUGGUGAGUGGUCUAGCUCACAGUAAAGGUGUGGCCGUGUUUGACAAUUUCGUUGGAUUCUGGAUGGUACACAGUGUGCCAAAUUUCCCACCUUCUAGGGGCAGAUAUUCCUAUCCUGCAUCUGGUGCUGUUUAUGGCCAAUCGUUCCUUUGCAUGUCCAUCAGCUCAAACAGUUUAGAAGAUGUUGGCCAAUACAUGCGAUAUGCUCAUGUGAACCCAUAUCUUACCAACCUGCCAGAAUAUUAUAAAAUAUUGGCUCCAUCGCUUGUCGACGUGUUAAUAAGCAAUCACUCCCUAAAUCGGCAACUAUUUUUUCAACAAUUCGUGGAAUAA